AUGAUGCGGCGUGUGCGGUCCCUGGGGACCCCCGGGGGCCUCGACGCCGGGGACCUGCUCCCGGUGGCGUCUCGCUCGGGCAGCCUCUCCAGCAUGCAUCCACGCAAGAAGCGCGGAAUCACCCAGCACGUCGCCAUCGCGGCCGUAGUAGUGUUUGGCAUGUACGCGCUGGUGACGCUGAGCCGCAUGGGCGCUCGGCACCACCGCGCGGGGCCUCAUGUCCUGGGCCUGGAGGAAUUUGAUGCCGACGGGCACCCCCAUGAGCACAUGAACACCUGGUCCAAGCUCUGGGACCACCCUGACGUGGAGGGCGGCCACCCCCACGGCUUCCACGACGACCAUCCCAGUGCUGGCGGCGGCGGCCACCACCUGCAUACUGAGGCCCAGGACGCACACAACCAAUGGCAGCAGAAGGUCUGGCACGAGCACAAUGCCGGCAACCAGGCCGCCAAGCAGCAGCAGCAGCAGCAGCAGCAGCAGCAGCAGCAGCAGCAGCACCAGCAGCACCAGCAGCAGCAGCAGCAGCAGCAGCAGCAGCAGCAGCAGCAGCAGCAGCAGCAGCAGCAGCAGCAGCAGCACCAGCACCAGCACCAGCACCAGCAGCAGACUCCCGCCGCAGACCAAUACCACGAGUGGCAGCACCACGACUGGCAGCACCAUGACUGGCCCCAGCACGGCGACAGCCAGCAUGGCGGCCAUGACCACGGCGGCGGCCACGCGCAUGAGCCUUUUGGGGGCGACCACCACGACUCAUACGACCAUUACCACACCCACGACCUCCACCAUGAUCAUAGCGACGUCGAGGGCCACGACAACCACCACGCCGCCUGGCAGCACGACGCCGCCCCGCCGGCGCAGCAUGAUACCGACGCCCACUGGCAGCAGCUGCACCACUGGGAGGCGCCGCAGCAGCACGAGGAGCAGCAGCAGCACCGCCACCACCAGUGGCAGGAGCAGCAGCAGCAGCAGCACCACCACCACCAGUGGGAGGCGCAGCAGCAGCACCACUGGGACGGCCACGGCCACGGCGCCCACCAUGAGGGCGGCCACGACGCCCACCUUUACCAGGAGCACGCGCACCCCCCCUCGGAGCACGACCCUCUGCAGCACUGGCACGUCGAGCAGCACGCGCUGCCAGACCCCCAGGAGGAUAAGGCGCACCACGUGAACCACGACCACGCCGCGCACUACCUGCACCACCCCGACCAUGCACGGCCGCAGGGCAUGUACACUCUCUCUGUGAAGAACAUCGAUGGCGCUGAGCGCCACCUCAGCGACUUCGCGGGCAAGGUCACCCUGGUGGUCAACCUGGCCACCAAGAGCAGCCUGGCAGAGUCAAACUUCAAGGGCCUGCAGUCUGUGUAUGAGAAGUACAAAGAGCAUGGGCUUGAGAUCCUUGCUUUCCCUUCCAACCAAUUUGGUGGGGAGCCCGGGAGCAGCCAGGACAUCAAGGCGUUUGCCAGGCAGCUGAACGCCAGCUUCCCUCUGUUCGAGAAGGCUUUUGUCAACGGCGCCGCAGCCCACCCCCUGUACCACUUCCUCAAGACGGAGCUGCCCGUCAAGGAGGGCGGCGGCGGUGGCAUCCUGGUUGACCAGCGUGGCCGUCCCAUGAAGCUGAUGGGCCAAACCUGGGACCAAGCCGAGGUUGAGAACGCGGUGUACGACCUGCUGCUCGAGGGCGAGAUGGAGUACGAGGCGUGGCUUGAGCAGGAGCACGAGCUGCACAGCGGGGGCAAGGCGCACCAGGAGCACCAGCAGGCACAGCACCACGACGCGCACGAUCAGCAGCACGAGCAGCACCAUGAGCAGCACUGGGGCGCGGCGGAAAGCCAGCACCACCACAACCAGCAGCACGAGCAGUUGCAUGAGCAGCACUGGGGCGCACAAGACAGCCAUCACCACCAGUGGGAAGCCGAGCACGGCGACGCCCACGGCAGCGGCGGCCAUGGCGGCCACGACCCCCACGCUGGCUGGGAGACCAGCGGCGAGGGCUGGGAGCAGCACCACUACGAGGACGGCCACGGCCACUCUGGCGAGCGGUACGAGCACGACUGGCAGCAGCAGGCGGCGAUUGACUACAUCAAGAAUGCCGGCGCCGGGGGCGGCCACGGCCAUGGCCACGAUGCGCACGACGGCCACUGGGGCGACGAGAGGGAGCAUGACUGGCACAUGGCGCAGGCGCAUCACAGCGCGCACGGGGGGGCCGGCGGCGGCCACGACGGCUGGCGGUGGGAGCAGGAGCAGCGGCAGCAGCACCACCAGCAGCAUGCCGAGCCUGCGUACCACCAGCACCAGCAGCACCCGCAUGCGGUGCCUCAGCAGCAGCAGGCGCGCUCGCCGCACGUGCAGGUCCCCCAGCAGCAGGUUUACCAGCAUCAAGAGCACCAGCAGCACCAGGAGCACCACCAGCAGCAGCAGCAGCAGCAGCAGCAGCAGCAGCAGCAGCAGCAGCAGCAGCAGCAGCAGCAGCAGCAGCUGCACCACGACUGGCACCAUGACUUGCACCACGAGGCUCACAACGAGUGGCUUGCCUCCCAAUUCCACCACCAGUAG